ACUAUGAUUGUGGCUGUGUUAACGGGAGAACAAAGGCGGUUUGGGACGCGGAUCUGAGUUUGGACUGGAAGGUUUCCUGGCAACUCCCGGUACUAAAGAAAGAAAGUCGCUUUUUGGAGCAGGAAGGGCGACCCAAACCCACAUUUUCAGAGGGGCACCGAUGCCCACCGUGCCCCCGAUCCCUGGCUUUCUGCCAUGGGUGAAACUAAAGUGAUUUACCAUCUGGAUGAGCAAGAGACUCCGUACCUGGUCAAGAUUUCUGUCCCUGCAGACUCGGUCACCCUGUCCGACCUGAAAAAUGCCCUCAAAAAACCCAGCUAUAAGUUUUUCUUUAAGUCUCUGGACGACGACUUCGGGGUGGUCAAGGAGGAGAUCACGGACGACAACGCCAAACUGCCCUGCUACAACGGCCGGGUUGUGUGCUGGAUGGUGUCGGCGGACGGCUCUCAUUCGGACGGCUGCUCGGUGGCCGAGAGUCAGUCGGAGCAUCCACCGUCAGGAGAGAGAUCUCAGGGUAUCGGAGACUCCAGACCCCCCUCGUUCCACCCGAAAGCGGCGAGCAGUCGGCAUGGCGGGGACGACGAGACCGAGACGGAUUCGGUGGUUUCUCACCGGAGGGAGCGGGACCGGCCGCGAAAGAAACACUCGCAUGAUCAUUCAGGUGCCAGGAUGAACGGCUACACCCGGGUGGGCAGAGGGAUGGACCUGGGCGGCUACGAAGUCUGUGACAGUCGCUCGUCCCUCAUGAGCAGCGAGUUGGAGUCGAGCAGCUGCUUCGACUCGGACGACGAUGGAUCCACCAGCCGCUUCAGCAGCGUCACGGAACAGAGCGGCUCGUCACGGCUGAUGAGACGACACCGGCGCCGGAGACGGAAGCCCAAAGCUCACCGCAUGGAGAGGUCGUCGUCGUUCAGCAGCAUCACGGACUCCACCAUGUCCCUGAACAUCAUCACCGUCACGCUAAACAUGGAGAAGUACAACUUCCUGGGCAUCAGCAUCGUGGGUCAGAGUAACGAGCGAGGCGACGGCGGCAUCUACAUCGGUUCCAUUAUGAAGGGCGGCGCCGUGGCGGCCGACGGCCGGAUCGAGCCCGGCGACAUGCUGCUGCAGGUGAACGAUAUAAACUUCGAGAACAUGUGUAACGACGACGCCGUGCGCGUGCUGAGAGACAUCGUACACAAACCCGGACCUGUGUCCUUGACGGUAGCCAAGUGCUGGGAUCCCAACCCGACCAACUGCUUCGCUCUACCCAGGAGUGAGCCCAUACGGCCGAUCGACCCGGCGGCCUGGGUGUCCCACACAGCGGCCAUGACCGGGAUCUACCCUCCCUACGGCAUGAGCCCCUCCAUGAGCACAGUGACCUCCACCAGCUCGUCCAUCUCCAGCUCCAUUCCCGAUACCGAGCGUUUUGACGACUACCACCUAUCAGUCCACAGCGACAUGGCCACCGUAGCCAAAGCUAUGGCCUGUCCUGAUUCGGGAUUGGAGGUUCGGGACAGGAUGUGGCUAAAGAUCACCAUCGCCAACGCCUUCAUAGGUUCGGACGUCGUGGACUGGCUCUUCCAUCACGUGGAGGGGUUCGCGGACCGACGGGAAGCUCGGAAAUACGCCAGCAACCUGCUGAAAGCCGGGUUCAUCCGCCACACCGUCAACAAGAUCACCUUCUCCGAGCAGUGCUACUACGUGUUUGGCGAUCUCUCGGGCAAUAUGGCUCACCUGUCCCUGCAGGAGCAUGACGGAUCCAGCGGCGCGUCCGAUCAGGACACGCUCGCCCCCCUGCUUCACCCGACCGAGGCUCCGUGGCCCAGUUUUCCGUAUCAGUACCCUGUGUCGCUGCACGACCAUCCUCAUCAUCACUCCGAGCCUGGAGGGGGCAGCGCCGGCAGCCAGCACAGCGAGGGAAGCAGCGGUUCCAACUGCAGCUGGAGCAGGACGGAGGGCAAGGCGGCGGGCACGAACGACCCGGCCGACGUCCCCGAGUUCGACCCGCGCCGGGAGCGGGCGCCCAGCGAGGGCAGCGUACGCAGCUCGCGCUCCCACUCUCAUUCCCUGGCCUACAGCGCCGCGCACGGGCCGCGCCACCUCGCCAACGUGCCCUCUGAACUGUCCGGCUCGCGGCGCUCCUGCCACACCGCCAACGGCGAGCUCUUCGUCGACAUCAUGUGACCCGCCGACGGAUUUCCCAUCGACCGUUCUGCCUUUAAACAGCCGGAUGCCUUCAUAGAUCGUGUGUAGACACUUAUUAUUAUUAUUUAGGAACGUCAGUGGACACGGAACCCAAACUAGAAUGAUUAGGGUGGAAAUAUUUUGGGAUGAGUUUAGAAUACCAGCAGCGUUUAUGUAGGUAGUGGGCGUGUGCCGAUCAUAAUUGGUUCUAAAGACUCACUGUUUGACCUUUGAGGUCCGAUUCAGUCGGGCUGCACCGAUCCGAUACUGGACGAAUAAUAAAAAUGCUUUUAAUUUUUGGUUAAUUCGGAUACUGUUGCACUUUUCGCUUUUUACAAAUCGCCACGGCUACCGGAGGUCACUUGUACCCACCGGUCUUGUACCAACAUCAUACCUACGCUAUAUGAGCAAAAGUAUUGGGACACCCUUACUUAUACUGCUCAAUUAUUGACUUCAGAUAUUUCGACACACGUUUCUAUCAGAUGUAUAAAUUCAAUCAAAUGACAUGCCUCCAAAUAUGUGGCAACAGUUUAGGGAAGGCUGAUUCCCUUUGUUCGAGUAUGCUUGUUCCUCUGUGCACGAAGCGAGCUCAAUAAAGAAUACAGACGUGGUUUGGUUUGACAUGUUACAGAGCCCUAAAUCUUAAACCCUGUCGAAAACCAGUCGGACGAUCCAGAAUGUUAAUUAUGAGACUGCAAGUGCCUGGUAAAUGGGAUAAAUCCCCACAGGCACACUCCAGAUUCUUGUGGAAAGGCUGUCACUGCCAUAAAACCCAUAUUAGUUCUCAUAGUUUUAGAAUGUGUCCAUAUACUUAUGACCGAGUAGUAUAUUUUGCCACCUCCUAAAAUUCCUGACGCUUCAGACUUGUUGCGUCUGCAGUGCCACAGUUCAGUCGGUGGAGGUGAAAUGAAAUGAGGUGGAGCAGGAUGUGUGGUCACUUUAUGGCCGAGCUGGUAUUCCUGGCACUCGUAGCGAGUUUGUGGCCAGAUGAUCCGCCUCAGCCCGACCACACCCACUUCCGGUGCACGACCCCACUCGGCUGGACGCUCCUCGUAUCUAUUUUGGUAUUGGGUUAUUUGCAAAUUUGAUGAAACUAGCCUGAUCAAGCCCUGGAGGUGGGCGUGUCUGAUAGACGGGAGGGUCAGUGGUCUCCUCGGUACCCGCUGCACAAAUACGAGCUCUGCUGGGCACUUCAUGGAGGGCAUAGAGUGAGUGACUCUCCGUAUGUGAUACUGCUCUGUGUGAGAGGGCACAACUGGAGCGGGUGCUAGUCUGUGCCUCUCCUUGGCCAGUGUGAGACAGCAUGUCAGACCGAUUCGAAAACUCCUAAUUAUGAUAUUUCUGAUUCUGAUGAGACUCGAACGCAGCAUGGUUUGAACCUCACCUUUUGUUAUUUGUCUGUGAGUUGGUAUGUUCUCCCAACACCUGCAUGGCACACAUUACUCCAGGUACUUUAGUUUCCUUCCACCUCCACUGCUCUUGGGUGUGUGAGCGGUGCCUGGCGGUGGAGGACGUGUUCCUGCACCAGUGCCAAUGUUCGCUGCUGGCACUGUACUGGCAAAGCUAAAUAUCAGCAGCUCAUCCAGCGGAUCGUGAUUAUUCCGUAAAGCGGUAAUAAAAAGUUCGGUAACGAUCGUGAUGCCGGUUCUGCGUCGGCACAUGCCUACUGAUGAUUCAAGCUCACUUUGUAAUCUUUUUUUAACCGUUUUUAGCUUUUUUAUACCCACGACAGAAACGUUUCUCCUGCCAGCGCAGUGGAAGAAUAUAUUUUUCGAGCUCUGCAGCGAUGGGAGAUUCUUUUUAACGCUUUUUAUUUAUAAAUGGAGUUUUUAUUACGCCGUUGGGCGUCUGUGUACGUUAGCGAGAAGUUUCCGUUUACCUGAAGCUGGGUGGGAUGUCAGCAGCACCAUGUGCGCACCACGUGUCCCGUCCGGAGGUGUUUGUGUUCCGGUGGUGAGUCGGGUGGUUCGGGUUUGGCGAAGCUGCUAUGUGAACGGACUGUGGGGGGGGGAAUCUGGCACUCUGGGGAAUGAAGUCGUUUCAUGGGAGAGAAUUUGGCAAAUCCUAAUAAACCAUUUUGUUUUUGUUUGUCUUUUGUUUUAUCUUUUAAAUAAAUGUGUCCACGUCUUUCAUUUGCUUUAAAA